GACAGGACGGAUCACAAGUUUCAAGACAAGAGCUUCCAAACUUGUCAUCUCUCUGUGACACAAGCCGUGUACAACCCAGGGGAUAAAACCACCACUUAGCCCACACGAGAGCUAGAGCUUGUUGAGUGCGGUUGGAGGCUCGAGCGAAGUCAUGGAUUCUGUGGUCCUCCAGCUGUGGGCUGUCCUCUGUCUCUUGGUUCACCUUGCCUCUUGCAGUCCCAUCCUGAGCUUGGAGCACUCUUCCUUGGAGGAAGACGUGCCUCUUUUUGAUGAGAUUCUCUCCGAGCAGGAUGGUGUUGAUUUCAACACGCUGCUUCAGAAUAUGAAAAAUGAGUUUCUGAAGACGUUGAACCUCUCUGACAUUCCCCUGCAUGAAACGGCCAAGGUGGAUCCGCCAGAGUACAUGCUAGAGCUGUACAACAGGUUUGCCACUGAUAGGACAUCUAUGCCGUCCGCAAAUAUUAUUAGGAGCUUCAAAAAUGAAGACUUGGCUUCCCACCCUAUUGGUGUCACAGGAAUUCGGAAAUACCCUCUUCUAUUCAAUGUUUCCAUCCCUCACCAUGAAGAAAUCACCAUGGCAGAGCUUAGGCUCUACACCUUGGUGGAGCGGGACCAAAUGCUCUACGAUGGGCUUGACCGGAAGGUCACCAUUGUUGAAGUGCUGGAAAAUGACCGUAUAGGGGUAGGAGAAGAGAGAAAGACAGUGGCGCUGGCAUCCAGGCAGAUCUAUGGCACGAGCAGCGAGUGGGAGAGCUUUGAGGUCACCGAAGCCAUCAGGCGCUGGCGAAGGGCAGGGCUGACCACGCACCGGCUGGAAGUUCAUAUAGAGAGCAGGGAAGGGGAGGAGCAGAAUGGAGAGGGAAAACUUGACAUCGACAUCAACUCUGAGGCGAAGCAUGUGCCCCUGUUGAUUGUGUUCUCUGAUGACCAAAGCAAUGACAAAAAAGAGGAGAAGCAAGAGCUGAACGAAAUGAUAGACCAUGAGCAGCUCCUGGACUUGGAGAACCUGGAGGUCGGCAAUUUCCAUGGCCAGCCAGGGGAGGAGGCACUGCUCCAGAUGCGCUCCAACAUCAUUUACGACUCUACUGCCCGAAUCCGGAGGAACGCAAAAGGCAACUACUGUAAAAAGACUCCACUCUACAUAGAUUUCAAAGAGAUUGGCUGGGAUUCCUGGAUCAUCGCCCCAGCGGGAUAUGAAGCUUAUGAGUGCCACGGAGUGUGCGCCUACCCCUUAACAGAGCACGUCACGCCAACGAAACAUGCCAUUGUCCAGACUUUGGUUCACCUGAAGAAUCCCCAGAAAGCCUCCAAGGCCUGCUGCGUGCCCACCAAACUCGACCCCAUCUCUAUUCUCUACUUAGAUGCAGGGGUGGUCACCUACAAGUUCAAAUACGAAGGCAUGGUGGUAUCGGAGUGUGGCUGCAGAUAGUAGCAGGAAAUGCAUGCGCAGGGGAGUGCACAGGGGAAGUAUUUAAUGAUUCAGUCUGUAAAUUUGUACAUUUUGGAUUUCCUAUUUAAUAAGGUUAUUUAAUGAGGCAUGUACAGAUAAUUGUAUGUUUCCUGUUACGGGGAAUGGGCAAGUCGUACGACCGUAGGGAAUGUAUAUUUUGUUCCAUUGCUUGCUUCUUGCUGUUCUUUGCUGUCCGAAUUAUGACUGAGUGUCUCUUCCUAUCAGGGCAUAGAGCAGAUCACUGGAUUAUUUGGGAGGGCUCUUUGUGCCAAAGAGGCACAUUCAAAUUCACAGAAAUAAAGGCAUAUUUUUGUACUUUAUAAAUGUUGAUUGGCAUCUAUAGGGAUUUCCAGAGCUCUUCAAGACAGGUGAACUCUGGGCAAUACACACCUAGAUUGUUUAGUUUUGUGUAAAAUCUUUAUAGAGAUCUUUACAUGCUCAGAUUAUUUUUUUUUUAACUUAUCUUUGUAGAUCUCAAGUCCCGAUGAUUCUCGAACUCCUAUGUCACUAAGGCACAACCAGGUGUUAGACUUCUUUCCUUUUUUCUUAAUCCUUUCUUUAAUCUUUCCCUGUCUCAGCUAAAGGUAACUGGCAGGGAUGAUUUGGCAUCUGGAGCAGAAGGGAACCAUUCCCUUUCCCGACUCUCUUAGUAAAGGAAUGGGCCCAGGAGCAAUGCCAGGCUUGUGCAGUGCUCUGACCUGCAAUGGCAAGAAAUUCCCCCCUGCACGUUUGUUACUGAAGCACCCUGUGUAAAGCAGCACUGGCUUUGUUGUGUUGGCCAUGUGUUGUCUCUCAAGGGCCUGAGCUUUAGGUGGCAGAAAUAAGUGCAGGAAAUUUCCUGAAUCCUUGAAAUUGGUUCAGUUUAUACCAGCUAAGAAACCAGUUCCCCACCCAGUCCAGUAAAUUACGUACAACACAGCAAAGUAAUCCAGUUCAAAUGGCCAAGUAGUGCAUUUAGUCUGCAUAGAGCUAGACAGAAAAGCCAGCCUCCAUGCCAGCUAGAUAGAGAGGAUCUUUCCUUUACGUAUGUGCUGAAGUUGUCGAUUCAUAUAUUGCCCCCCCCCUUAAACUAUAUAAGAUGGAGUCACAUGCCAUGUUUCCGCCACUCUUCUGCAACAAAUCGUGGUGAUAAGAAGGUGUUGGAGCUGAGAAACAAUAGACCCGUCACUUUAUUUAUACUAAGCUACAAAUUUGUCAGAUUCUUGGGAAAGUGUAAGUGACGUUGACUCUUUUAGCCUGUACCAGAGCCUACUGUACUGACCCUGCAUCUGUUUUACACUUUUAAGGGAAAGUUAUCUUCCCUGGAAGUGAUAAGGGUCUUUGAAAGAAUCACUCUAACACUUUAUGGGAAUGAACACAAGACUUUAUCAUGCACCAACUAAAACCAGUUUCACCUAUUUUCACACAUACUCUUCUGUGCUUCCCAUAAUUUAUUGACCUAUUUAUUGACUGCCUGCCUUUGUAAUAUAAUGUAGAAUACAGAAUGUUUUAUUUUUGUGCUUGUGUGUAAUCCCACUUGGAUAAAACCUUGUACCCAUCCUAUUUUA